UAAAAUCUACCGAAGUGGAGCAAGAAUAUAUCGGGUUUAAGAUUAAACAAAAAUCGCGUUUUUCAGAAUCAAAACCCUAAUUUCAAAGCGAGCAGCUCAAGGCUUCAGCAACCAUGGGGCGUAUGCACAGUCGAGGUAAGGGUAUUUCAUCUUCUGCUUUGCCAUACAAGAGGACAGCACCAAGCUGGCUAAAGACCACCACACAAGAUGUGGAAGAAACUAUUUGCAAGUUUGCAAAGAAGGGUUUGACUCCAUCUCAGAUUGGUGUCAUUCUUCGUGACUCUCAUGGAAUUGCUCAGGUUAGGAGUAUCACUGGCAGCAAAAUCCUUCGUAUCCUCAAAGCUCACGGGCUCGCACCUGAAAUUCCAGAGGAUUUGUACCAUUUGAUCAAGAAGGCAGUUUCAAUUAGGAAGCAUCUGGAGAGGAACAGGAAGGAUAAGGACUCUAAGUUCAGGUUGAUUCUUGUGGAGAGCAGAAUCCAUCGGCUUGCUCGCUAUUACAAGAAGACCAAGAAGCUCCCGCCGGUCUGGAAGUACGAAUCAACAACUGCUAGCACUCUGGUUGCUUAGAGGUUUCUUUUGAAGUAUUGUGCUCUUUUGCAGUCACAAAUAGAAAUUUGCUAUAUCAUGUGUAGUUUUUUUUUUAUGUCUAGAUAGGGGAUGUGGUAACUUAUUUUACCAAGAAUCCAAUCAUCAGUCCGGGAAAGACACUUGAACUAGUUAAUUUAUUUAUCGAUGUCUUGUUCCUUUUAAUCUAUUGAAGAACUAGCUGUUGUCA